AUGGCGAACAAGACCAACAUCAAGGACUUGGUGGCGUUGGUGACCGGCGCCAGCUCGGGAAUCGGGCAGGCCUGCUGCCUGGAACUCGCGCGCAAGGGCUGCCACAUCGGUGCCGUGGCCCGCAGCGAAGACAAACUGAAAGAGGUGGUCGAGGAAUGCCGAAAACUGGGGGUCAAUGCGGCGGCGAUCACGGCCGACCUCAGCUCGGCCGACGGGGCGCAAUCGGCGAUCGAUGCGUGCGUGCAGAAGUUGGGCGGACUCAACAUCCUCAUCAACGCAGCCGGGACGUGGGGAGGGACGGAGAAGCCGCUGGAGGAGUGGGAGAAGUGCAUCAACCUCAACCUCAUGUCCCUCAUGCGCCUCACCAACCUCGCCGUCCCCCAUCUCGAAAAAAAGGAGGGCGGCGCCAUCAUCAACAUCGCCAGCAUCUCCGGGCGUAUGGCCAUGGGCGAAGCCGCCCCCUAUUGUGCGUCCAAGUACGGGGUGGUGGGGUUCUCGCUGUCAAUGUUCGAGGCGCUGCGGGAGAAGGGCAUCAAGGUGUGCUCCAUCGAGCCGGGCAUGGUCAACACGCCCAUGGUCACCGGCGACCGGCUCGACCGCUCCAAGAUGAUCCAGCCCGAGGACAUCGCCCACACCGUCGCCUUCGUCGCCAAGUUCCCGAUGACGGCGUGUCCGAAGGAGAUCAUGAUCUCACCACAGAAGAGCCCCAGACAGUGA